AUGGCUGGGAUCACCGGCGUCGCGGGGGGCCUUCCCGUCUCCGAGAACCGCCUGCCGGGGAGCGCCGUUGGGCGGCGUGUGGAUGAUUCGGCCGAGGGGAUCGGAUUCGAUGGCGUCCAUGCCGGCGCGGACGCCCUCCUGCGCGGCGACGAGCUGCUGGACGUCCUGCGGCGGGAUCCGCGGCUGGCGCGGCAUGCGGAGGCGCGCGCGAAAGAGAUUCUGGACGCAGUGACCGGCGCGGGCCGGCGGGCCCAGGAGCGGCGCGCAGCAGGGGAGGCCAAGGAGCGGGAGGCAGAGGCCGGGAGGCUCAGAUCGCGGGUGGAGAGGUUGGAGGAUGAGCUGGCGGGGGCGAGGGGGGAGGCGAUGAUCGCCGAGCAGCGGACGAUCAGGGCGGCCGCCAAGGCGGAGGGGGCAUGCGCCGGAAGGCUCAGGGCCGAAGAGGAGCUGGAGAUGACCCGGGGGGCGCUGGCGGAGGCCAAGAGGGAUGCGGUGAGGGGCGCGGAGGCCGCAGAGGUGGCCGAGAGGCGCGUGGCGAAGAUCGAGGCGGAGAUGGAGGGGCUGGUAGGCAGGGCGGCCAGGGAGGCGGGGGAGAGGGAGGGGAGGGUGCGCGAGCUGGAGGAGGCGCUGGAGGAGGUUCGGGCACAGGUGGGAGGGCAGGAGAUCAGUUUCGGGGAAGGGCUGGGGAUGGCAGCGCGGGACGGCGUGGGCUGGGCGAGGCGGGAGUCGGAGCUGGUGGCCGAGGCGGCCGAUGCGCGGCGGGCGGCCGCGGAGGGCGCCAAUGGCCUGGCGGAGGCGCGCCUGGAGGCGGGCGACCUGCAGGCGCAGGUGGAUGAGCUGCGCGCAGCGGCGUCCGCGGCCAGCGAUCAGGCCCGGCAGCUGCGGCAGGACGCGGCCGAGGCAGAGGAGCUGCUUGAGGAGAGCGAAGCGGGGCGGCGGGAACUGAGGGCGAGGUGUGUGGCACUGGGGGAGAAGAUGGACGCUCUGAGGGCGUCGGAGGAUGCCGCGAGGAAGUCGGCGGAGGCGGAGUCCGAGGCUGCGCGCCUGGCGCUGCAGGAUGCCGUUCGGGACCUUGAGGCCCUUGUGGAGCAGAGGGCCUGCCUGCGAGAAGAGAUCCACAACCUGAAGGCAUCUCUUGAGGCAGAGGAGGGUGCCAAGAAGAAGCUGCAGCGGCGAGGCGAGCGCCAGGUCGAGUCCCUGCUGGCCGAUGUCGACUGCCUGAGGCGGGACCAGGCAGGCAAGGCCGGCGAGGUGCUGCAGCUGCAGGAGCAGCUGAGCGAGCAGAGGACAAGACACGCGUCAGAUGUGGCACUGAUGGAGCAGCAGGCAGGACUGGACUGGAUUGAUACAGUGCACAAGCCAAGGGAACUUUCCGUUACGCGCAACUUGGAAACGAGGCGCUAG